CUUUUGGACAAUCCAUGAUUCUGCUUUUCCAGAUGUCCACUUCAGCAGGGUGGGAUGGUGCCUUGGAUGGAAUAAUAAAUGAAGAAGACUGCAAACAGCCAGACAGCGAGAUAGGAGAGACUGGAAACUGCGGCAACUCGACUAUUGGAAUAGCCUUUCUUCUAAGCUACCUGGUUAUAUCGUGUUUGAUAGUAAUAAACAGGUAUAUUGCGGUCAUCUUAGAAAACUACUCGCAAGCUACCAAAGACGAAGAUAUGUAUUGUUUGCCCAGCGGUUCUGAGUCUACGGAAGGAAUUCGGACGUAAGUGUGCGAUGUUGUCACUUUUAAUAAUAAAAAAGCGAAAAUACCAGGCAUUAAGUAUAGUUCAUUUGAAAAUCCAUUUUUUGAUAACAAAAUAUAGAUAACAAUAAUAAAACGCUAAAUAUUUUAACGUUGUUGUUCGAUCUAUUCCUAUUUUAAUUUCUGAUUUCUUCAAUUUGGUUAUUGAAAAAAUAGACAUUUUCUAAAGAUACCAUCAGCUUUUGUCAAUUUGGCAAGCAUCCG